UCUUUAGUUGCUAAAAUACCAAUGUUGAGAAUCAGAGCCUUUCGUAGGCGAUGGUUUCUAGCUGUUUUUGCAGCCUGUUUUCUUCUAUAUGUCGGUUAUAACAAUCUAGACAAUACUCGAACAGAUUCUUCCAGCAUUUAUGAGGUGAAACAUACUUUACUUAGACAACCUUUUCAGUGGCAGCCUAAAACACAAGAUGUAGACAGUAACGUUACUAAAGUUUUCCGCUGCAGAAAUUCCGUCCAAGGUCGUCAGUAUUUAGUAGAUGAGAGAGGUUAUGUUUGUGAGAGAGGCUAUUUGACAAGUGGAGGUUGUUGUGACAAAACAUCAAUACAUACAACAAGAUAUAAUUGUACCACAUGUAAAACCAACAGUUGCUGUACACUAUAUGAACAUUGUGUAUCCUGUUGUCUCCAGCCAGAUAAGCAACCAGUGUUACAACGGAUUUUACAACAAGCCCGCAACAGUGUUGAUAAAUUGUUUGUAGCUGUCUCGGACCAGUUUGAACUCUGUCUAGCUAAAUGUAGAACUUCUUCAAAGAGUGUACAACAUGAGAACUCCUAUCGAGAUCCUAGAGCCAAAUAUUGUUAUGGGGAGGACCUACCUGAUUUGCAAAUGGUGGUCACAUGAUUGUCACAUGACUUGUCACAUGAUCUCAAGUUUAUGAUAAAAAUAAUGG